AAUGAACGAUCAAUGUAUUUCCAAUACACUACUUCAGCCGCAAAUUUCCUACGCUUUAAUUAAUACUUAAUUAAAUAGAAUAUAGGUGUUAAACCACGCCAUUUCUCUGCUCUUCCUUUGGUUCCGAUAAGAACUUUGUCCACAAUCAAAAAAAUUUAAAACCGAUACGCGUAUUAUAUUAGUAUCACGUGACCUGUUUCCUAGCAACUUUAACAACAUAAAAUUAAUAAAUUCACUAGAUCUAAUAUUUUUAUACUGCAAUUGUAUCUCACAUUUGAUAUAGAUAGUUAUUUAUAUUCUAUUUAUAUGUAUAUAUAUGAGUGUCUAUUACUACAUUCAAAAUUUUAUAGUAUAUUUUGUAUAUAUAUUCUUAAUACGAUAUUGGGCGUAACUUGAUAUUAUUAUUUGUGAUAAAUACACAAUUAAAAUGACAAAUGUAAUUGUAAUUGCGUACCAGCUAAGAGUACUAUAACUGCUUAUAGAAUUUAAGCAGUAUUAACUGUAAAUAAUAUACAAUUGAGUCAUUACUGAACAAUUAGGUAAAGCUAGGUGCUAUUUAGAAUGUAGAGGGCAAUUAUAUUUAUAAUUCUUAUCAGUUUGAAUAAUUUUCUUAAAAUUCACUGCAUGUUAAAAGAGAAUAAGAUUAAUUACAAUGAAUAUGUGGUUUUGGUUUGGAAACAAUUUAGGCAACUUUCUUUUACCAAAGUAUAAUGUUAUUACAACUUCCAGUUUCUUCUGCACCUGCUUAGGUUUAUUUGCACUUGCAAUAUUAUACGAGGUAUGCAAUGGUCUACGUGGAGUUUUCAAGUGUUUCAUUGGUCUUGGAUAUUGGAUAUUUGGGCUAAAACUUAUAGAACUGAAUGCGGAACGAUUUUUUGAAAAACGUACUCUAUUAGAUUGUGAUAAGGAAUGUGCUGAUAACAUAGUACAUUGCCAGGGAGAUGAAUUAACAGUCUCUGUUAUCACGGAACAGUUUGUAACAGAAGCUACUGUUGAGGUUCAUAUGCCUAAAGAUGCUUGAUGAUAAUAAAAAUAUUCAAUAUUUUCCUCUUCCAAAAAUAAACGUCGAUAACAAUUAUUAUUACGAGACAAGAAAUGAUCAUAUGGAUUUUUUGUAGUAAUAUGCAUUCCACAAAGCCAGCAAAAAUAAGCGUGACAAUAAGGGCAUGUCAUUUUAUUGCAUCCAUCAAUUUUCUCAACCAUAGUUGCACAAUUUGGGCAUGGCUUAGUAUAUUUCUGUAAACAAAAUUAUUACAUUAUAAAAUUGCUACAAAUAUAAAUAGUUUACUAUUGUUAAAAUUUAAUAUAUACCUUUAAAUAUU